AGAAAUACAAACACCACACGAGUAAGAAAUUAUUAAUCGAGGAAUAAUGCAUAUUGAUGUCGCCGAUUUUACGGAAAUUCCUCUGAAAUAUGAAGACCAAGAUACUGCGUUCCAUUUCGUUUACGCCAAAGAAAACCAUUCUCGGUCAUCGAACAAGCUUAAACCGGCUGGUAAAACAUUAUUUGUGCUGAACGUUCCUCCAUAUGCAACGCCGGAAGCGCUUCGUACAGCGUUUAGCUCUGCUGGCGGAGUGGCUAACGUUAUCGUGCAAGAAAAGCCAUCGGAAGAAUCGGAUGGCAGUCCGGAAGAAGCAGGCAGAUUCAAAGUGGCUUAUGUAGUUUACGAGCAAGCUUCCUCCCUUAAAAAGCUGUUGAGAAAACGCCAACUAAAUGCAUUGAACGCGGAUGGUAAACUGCUGACAGGAGUCGACAAAUGGACUAAAGAGUACCAGGAGCGAAUUCCCGAUCCGGUCGAGAUGCAAAGGGAAAUCGAUAACUAUAUGGCCGGAUAUGACCGACAGGUGGCUGAGGAGAAGAUCCGACAACAAACAACGACAAAGGACGACGAAGGCUGGGUCACUGUUUCUAAGUCCAAUGCCAAUACAUUCACGCAGAAGGAAGUUGUGGUUGGCAAACUGGAGGAAAAGAUUAGCAAAGGUCGCCAGAAAAAGGAGCUGAAAAAUUUCUACACUUUCCAGAUUCGAGAAUCCAAAAAGGACGAUAUAAUCAGUUUAAGGAAAAAGUAUGAUAGGGAUCUAAAGAAGAUUCAGCAAAUUAAAAAAACCAAACGAUUCAAACCAUAUUGAAUACACGAUAUGAUAAUUCGACGGUAAUACAUGAUAUAUUAA